AUGGGCAAGGAUGUGAAAGUUCAAAAGAAAGAGGAAAGGAAGGCAUUAAAGCGCCAUGUGUGUCCGGAAUGUUCUAAAGCAUUUUCUUUCCCGAACAAACUUCGCAAUCAUAUUCAGUCAUCUCACUCCUGUUACUUUUUUUAUUCGCCUGUUAAGAAGGUUUUUCUCUGGAAUUCUACUUUCAUGGACUUUGAGUGCACUGUUGUUGAAUUUGAUCGAUUUAAUCAGCUGAGAGCUCAUGUAGCUCAUGCCCAUAAAAUUCGGUAUAACUGUCCAAUAUGCGCUUACUCGUCCAGUGUUAAAGCUGAACUGAAAAAGCAUAUCACAGUGAACCAUGAGAAUGGUGUGCGGUGUACGAUCGAUGGUUGUAGCAUGACAGUUGCUUAUAGAAUGUUAAUGCUUUUUAUUAACUGUCUUUUGUUGUUAACAGGUGAGAAUAGUCGCCGCUUCUCUUGUUCGGUGGUCGAUUGCAAAAAGAAAUUUCACAGAGAGAAAGAAUUGAGGCGCCACAGGAUACGGUUUCAUAAUAUACUAACACGUAGCGAAGAAGAAGAAUAUAAAUUUAUUUGUGAGAAUUUGGAAUGUGGAAGAAGAUUUCGUACUGCUUCUGGAUUACGGCAACAUUCUGCGUCUCACGAAAGUACGGUGAUUUUAUUAAACAGAAUGGGUUUUAUUUUCAUUAAAUUAUUUAUUGGGAGGUUCAGUUCUGAUAUGGUGUUAAGUCAUUCCGAUUGA